UCCAUUGUGUCCCACGGGCCCCUCCGAAUCCCCGCCCUGUGUCACCCUCGCAACGGUGACAGCGUUGGCGUUUUGGUGGCGUUUCCCUCCGGGGCGGGGCUUCCUCCCCCCGGUCUCCCCAAAACCGUCCCCGCGGCCGCCCCGGCCCCAUUUGGCCCCGGACCCCGCGGAAUGCGGCCCCAGAGAGGUCCGCCCCGAGCCGCUCCGCCCCAGACGGUGAAGCAGCUGCUGAAGGAGCUACGGCAGAGCAGAGAAGGGGCGAGAUCUCCGGUUUUGGCUCUGCCCUCCUCGCGCCCCUCGGAUGGUGACCCCUGGCCCGGCGCCCCCCCCAGUGACCCCGGCGGUGUCCCACAAAUGCCGCCCCAUGGGGGAAGGGCCCCCGGUUUGAGGGCUUUUCAGGCUGCUGCCACCCCYGGCCCUGCCUGGCCUUAUCCCACGGUGCUGUGGGGAGAAUUUGGGGGCUCUGCCGUGGGAAGGGAGACCCCAGGCCCGAAUCCUGAACCCCAGGAAYUGGCAGCCGCCCGCGCCGCUCUGAGGGGCCGAGACCCCCAGGAACUGCUGCGACAGGACGAGGAGGGGGACACGCUGCUGCACGUGCUCUGUGCUGGGGGGCURUGGGCGCCCGCCCGGGCUGCAGCAGAGACUCUGAGGGACCUGGGGGGACUCGAGGUGCGGGAGCACCAGGGCAAGACUCCACUGCUGGUGGCAGCAGCAGCUGCAGCCCCAGAGAUUGUGAGAGAUCUGCUGGUCCUGGGGGCAAAUCCUGAUGCUGCUGACCACUGGGGACGCACAGCCCUGCACCUGGCUGCAGCCUAUGGGCACCCUGAAAUCCUCCAGGCCAUGAUGUCCUCAGGCGUCCCUGUCAACAUGGAGACCAGAAAUUUUGAGGGUCAGACCCCUCUGCACUGUGCUGUCCUGGCCCACAACGCCUCGCUGCAGGGAGGGUACCCCCCCACGGGGGGCUCUGCAGGGGGGUCCCGCACUCCCCAGGACCGACUCCGCUGUGUUGAGCUGCUACUGCAGAUGGGGGCAGACAGCAGCAGCCAGGACACCAAAAGCAGUUUGACCCCUCUGCACUUGGCCGUGCGGGGAGGCAACCUCGCCCUGGCCCACCUGCUGCUGCGCCAGCCUGGCAUGGCCCCCCRCCUUGUCAACAUGAAGGCCCACGGGAACACCCCCCUGCACAUGGCAGCAGCACUCCCUGGGACCCCCAGCCAGGAGCCCCUCGUGAGGCUGCUCCUGGCCUGGGGGGCUGAUCCCAGCGCCCGCAACCUGGAGCACGAACUGCCCCAGGCCCUGCUGCCCSCUGGGUCUCUCGGAGACCAGCUCCGCCUCCUGCUGAGGACUCGCCGAGGAUSCCGUCGUCCACCCCCGACCACUGAGUGAUGCCAAAGGGGCUGGGUCUCCUGGUACGAAUGGGGGGACACCCCCAUAUUGGGGGAUUUCCCUCUGCYAUGUUAAUUUUUCCUGAUUUCAAUGAAAUUGCCCCAAAAUUUCUGUGAAAUGWGUCUGAACCACAUUGGUUUGGUGGAGGAAGGGGCAGUAGAGCCCUUCACCCCCAGUCUCAUUAAUGGGGGCUGCUGAUGAGGGGGAUCUCCUCCAAACUGUUUGAGUUGGGGUGAAGAAUGUUAAAUGGGAGUGGAAACCCCAAAACUGAGGAAAUUCUGGAAUUAAA